AUGAAGAAAAGCAGGAGUGUGAUGACAGUGACUGCUGAGGAGAAUGUGAAGGAUUAUUUGGAAUGCAGCCUGAGCAAAUCGUAUAGCUCCUCCAGUAACACCCUAGGAAUUGACCUCUGGAGGGGGAGAAGAUGCUGCUCUGGGAACCUCCAGUUGCCCCCACUAUCUCAGAGACAGUCUGAAAGAGCCCGGACACCUGAUGGAGAUAGCAUCUCCAGACCGACCACUCUACCUUUGCUGACACUUCCAAGCAUUGCCAUCACUACUGUAAGCCAGGAGAGUUUUGAUGUGGAAAAUGGCCCAUCCCCUGGUCGAAGUCCGCUGGAUCCCCAGGCCGGCUCCUCCUCAGGGCUCGUGCUACACACCACCUUCCCAGGGCACAGCCAGCGUCGGGAAUCAUUCCUCUACCGCUCAGACAGUGACUAUGACCUCUCGCCAAAGGCUAUGUCUAGGAAUUCUUCUCUUCCAAGUGAACAACAUGGAGAAGACAUGCAAAUAUCUAUAUACAAAGAAGUUAUAUACAGCAUGUUAAAUUCAAGGUCAGACAUUUCUUUCAUCACUGCCCCUCUGCCCAGCAGCCCAUUGGGAGCACUUCCUCCCUCCUGUAAAUCAUCAUUUUCCAAGGAGUCCUACCAGAAGUUGGCCAUGGAAACCCUGGAGGAGCUGGACUGGUGCUUGGACCAGCUGGAGACCAUCCAGACUUACCGCUCCGUCAGCGAGAUGGCCUCCAACAAGUUCAAGAGAAUGUUGAACCGGGAGCUGACACACCUCUCGGAGAUGAGCCGGUCAGGGAACCAGGUGUCUGAGUACAUUUCAAACACUUUCUUAGACAAGCAGAACGAGGUGGAGAUUCCAUCUCCCACCCAGAAAGACAGAGAGAAGAAGAAAAAAGAGCAACAAGUCAUGACCCAGAUUAGUGGCGUCAAGAAGCUGAUGCACAGCUCUAGUUUGAACAACACCAGCAUCUCUCGCUUCGGGGUCAAGACGGAGAAGGAGGAUCACUUGGCCAAAGAACUGGAAGACUUGAAUAAAUGGGGUCUCAACAUCUUCAAAGUAGCUGGCUAUUCCCACAACAGGCCCUUGACGUGUAUCAUGUACGCCAUAUUCCAGGAAAGAGACCUCCUAAAGACAUUCAAAAUCUCUUCAGACACAUUUGUAACCUACAUGAUGACUUUAGAAGACCAUUACCAUUCCGACGUGGCCUAUCACAACAGCCUCCAUGCUGCCGAUGUUGCUCAGUCAACCCACGUUCUUCUUUCUACCCCAGCCUUGGAUGCUGUCUUCACUGAUUUGGAAAUCCUGGCUGCCAUCUUUGCGGCUGCAAUCCAUGAUGUUGAUCACCCAGGGGUCUCCAAUCAGUUCCUCAUCAACACAAAUUCUGAACUCGCUCUGAUGUAUAACGAUGAGUCUGUUUUGGAAAACCACCACCUCGCCGUCGGGUUCAAGUUGCUCCAGGAAGAACAUUGUGACAUUUUUCAGAACCUGACCAAGAAACAGCGUCAGACCCUUCGGAAGAUGGUGAUCGACAUGGUCUUGGCGACAGAUAUGUCCAAGCACAUGGGCCUCUUGGCGGACCUGAAAACCAUGGUAGAGACAAAGAAAGUGACCAGCUCCGGUGUCCUCCUUCUGGACAACUAUACGGAUCGGAUACAGGUUCUCCGCAACAUGGUACAUUGUGCCGACCUGAGCAACCCUACCAAGUCUUUGGAAUUAUACCGGCAAUGGACAGACCGCAUCAUGGAAGAAUUCUUCCAACAGGGAGACAAGGAACGAGAGAGGGGCAUGGAGAUCAGCCCCAUGUGUGACAAACAUACUGCCUCGGUGGAAAAAUCCCAGGUUGGUUUCAUCGACUACAUUGUCCAUCCCCUCUGGGAGACCUGGGCGGACCUGGUGCAGCCCGACGCCCAGGACAUCCUGGACACCUUGGAGGACAACCGGAACUGGUACCAGAGCAUGAUCCCCCAGAGCCCUUCCCCUCCCCUGGAGGAGCAGAACCCGGACUGUCAGGGCCUGAUGGAGAAAUUCCAGUUUGAACUAACGCUGGAAGAGGAGGACUCGGAGGGCCCCGAGAAGGAAGGCGAGAACGUCGGCUAUUUCGGAAGCACAAAGACGCUGUGUGUGAUUGACCCGGAGCACCCGGAGUCUCCAGGGGAGGCCGACGGAGAGACUGAGACGGGAGACACGUCCCCCAUCGACACAUAAUGCCCGGGGCCGGGCCC